CAGCGCGCAGCAGAGCCACCACCUUUCUCCGCCCCCGGCCUCCGUGCGAGCACGCCAUGACCAUGAGCGGGAGCGGCGCCAUGGACACGGCCGCCUCGCGCAACGCCACGGCGGCGGCGGCGCCUGGUGCCGCCGGCGGGCUCGCGGGCCUGCUGCCGGAGGUGCAGACGCUGGAGCUGCUCGUGGCGGUGUCCAUCUUCGUGGCCAUCCACUCGCUGCGGCAGCGGCGCGCGCAGGGCCUCCCGGCGUGGCCGCUCGUCGGCAUGCUGCCGUCGCUGCUCCUCGGCCUCCGCGGCGACAUGUACGAGUGGAUCACGGGCGUGCUCCAGGCGCGCGGCGGCACCUUCACCUUCCGCGGGCCGUGGUUCACCAACCUCCACUGCGUCGUCACCGCGGACCCGCGGAACCUGGAGCACCUGCUCAAGACCAGGUUCGGGAGCUUCCCCAAGGGCCCCUACUUCCGCGACACCGUGCGGGACCUCCUCGGCGACGGCAUCUUCGGGGCCGACGACGAGGUGUGGAGGAGGCAGCGCAAGGCGGCCAGCCUCGAGUUCCACUCCGCCGAGUUCCGCGCGCUCACCGCCAGCUCCCUCGUCGAGCUCGUGCACCGCCGCCUGCUCCCCGUGCUGGCGGACGCCGAGGCCGCGGGCGCCGCCGUCGACCUCCAGGACGUGCUCCUCCGCCUCACCUUCGACAACGUCUGCAUGAUCGCCUUCGGCGUCGACCCGGGCUGCCUCCGCCCGGGCCUCCCCGAGAUCCCGUUCGCGCGCGCCUUCGAGGACGCCACCGAGGCCACCAUCGUGCGCUUCCUCACGCCCACCGCGGUGUGGCGCGCCAUGCGCGCGCUCGGCGUCGGGAACGAGCGCGUGCUCCAGCGCUCCCUGGCCGGCGUCGACGAGUUCGCCUACGACGUCAUCCGCAGGCGCAAGGAGGAGCUCGACGCCGGCCGCGGCGCCGCCGACGCCGGGCGCAGGUCGGACCUCCUCACCGUGUUCACCAAGAUGCGCGACGAGGACGGCCGCCCCGCCUACUCGGACAAGUUCCUCCGCGACAUCUGCGUCAACUUCAUCCUGGCCGGCCGCGACACCUCCUCCGUGGCGCUCGCGUGGUUCUUCUGGCUGCUCGGCAACAACCCCGCCGUGGAGGACAGGGUCCUGGAGGAGAUCGAGGGCAUCGUCGCGGCGCGGAAGGCGCAGGGGGAGGUCGAGGAGGAGCUCGUGUUCCAGCCGGAGGAGGUGAAGCGGAUGGAGUACCUCCACGCCGCGCUCUCCGAGGCGCUCCGGCUCUACCCCUCCGUCCCCGUCGACCACAAGGAGGUGGUGGAGGACGAGGUGUUCCCGGACGGGACGGUGCUGAGGAAGGGCACCAAGGUGAUCUACGCCAUGUACGCCAUGGGGCGGAUGGAGAGCAUCUGGGGCGACGACUGCCGGGAGUACAGGCCGGAGCGCUGGCUCCGGGACGGCCGCUUCACCAGCGAGUCCGCCUACAAGUUCACCGCCUUCAACGGCGGCCCGCGCCUCUGCCUCGGCAAGGACUUCGCCUACUACCAGAUGAAGUUCGCCGCGGCGUCCAUCCUCCGCCGCUACCGCGUCCGCGUCGUCGAGGGGCACCCCGUCGCGCCCAAGAUAGCGCUCACCAUGUACAUGAAGCACGGGCUCAAGGUGACGCUGGCCAAGAGGGACAAGGGCAGCAGCAGGCUCUGAAGCUUGACACCGUUCGGAGUCUGCUUUCAGAUGUGGUCUGCAACUUGUGCAACUUUGUGGGAGGAAGCUGAUGAUGAUUCUGUGUGAAAAGAAGUCCUCUGUUCUCAUUAUGUGUCGUCUUUUGUAGUGCUACUUUUAUUAUUAAGUAAUUAAUUUGUUCUGUUUACAUGUAGUGUAGACAAGUACGGGGAGUACAGAACUUCUGUAUAUGUAUAUGUGCGAGUGAUGAUGGCAAAACGCUGAAGCUUCAGAUGA